AUGGCAGCACCGGCACAAGCGGUGGUCAAAGAAAAGCCUCCGAUUCACGUGUAUCCUCAGGCGAAGAUAGGAACCAAAAUUUUUACUCAUCAUGGCAUUCACUCCAUGAGGUACAACGGCGUGUGUGCCCUCACCGGCUCUACUGUUCUCAUGGCUUCGGGGAGGUUCGUAAUGUUUGUAGACGUUCACAAAGGCACAAUUGAGUCAAUGCAGGGACCUGAAAACGGUGGUGUCGGUGCAGUCGCGGUGCAUCCAUCACGCCAGUAUUAUGUUGUGUGUGAGAGAAAACCCAGUGACCCGGCAAUUCGUGCCUAUAGUUGGCCCUCCCGCACAGAAGUGGGUGAGUUUGUUAAAGGCGCCACGAAGGGAUUUAGUGCGUGUGCCUUCAACAAAGAUGGAAGCAUGAUGGCAACCGUUGGAAUGUACCCGGACUUCUUUCUUACAGUUUGGGACUGGGAGUCACGUGGAAUGGUUCUCCGCAGCAAGUGUCACAACACCGAUGUUUAUACAGUACUGUUCAGUCCAUUCGAUAGCGGUCUGCUCGUGUCGGGUGGUGCGGGACACAUUAAAUUUUGGACAAUGGCCAACACUUUCACUGGUCUAAAACUGCAGGGCCUGCUGGGAAAAUUCGGCCGCCUUGAAAUCAGUAAUGUUUCCGGAUUCGUCGUGUUAUCGGAUGGAAAAGUAAUAUCGGGCUCUGAGAGCGGCCUCAUCAUAUUGUGGGAGGGUGAUCUCAUAAGAUGCUGCUUUGCACGCGAGGUUGAUAGAGAAGAUGAUGAUGGCACCGCAGCCACGUUUAUGGCGCGGAGUUAUGACUACACGCCAUGCCACGAAGGUGCAAUCAAUGUUGUGGAGCUGAUGGAGGGUGGUCGCGUACUCAUGACUGCAGGAGAUGAUGGCUAUUUUCGCUUCUGGCGAGUAAGUGAACUAGAGGUGGCUGAGGGAGAAGGUGCGCCGCCACUUUAUGUUCCCGAAUGUCUCGGCGAAAUAUUAGUUCAUGCGGGUGCUUUUAUUCGCUCAGUUACGUACUGCAAAGAUGUAGACGAGUGGGUCGUGUUAGACAGCGCUGGUGUGUUGUGGCGGGUGCCAUACGUACACCCGGACGACAUAUUAAACAACGCUGUGACGAAGCCGAAAGAGCAAGCCGUUCCCGCUCUUGAAUUCAACGGCGGCAGCAUAACGAGCGCGGCUCUGUCACCAAUUGAUCAUACAGUGGUGACGGGUGGCGAGGACGGCACCAUACGCCUUGUUGACUACGUCACACCGCGUGAGUUGUACAAAAUGUGUCUGCCUCAGCCAAAUGUGGUGAUUGGUCUUCGUUUCUUCCAAAAGGAUCCGGAAAAAAAGAAGUUCCUUGCCUGCUGUAAGAGUGGUGCAGUUCUCUUGGUAAAGCGUGGCAGCACUGCAUUUACGUUACUCGGGCAGUGGCGGCCCCACAACGAUGGACUUGCCCUGUUCGCGGUUGAUGCUGCAGAGCAUCGACUUUGCACUAUUGCCCACGGAACAGUUUUCUUUUUCACCAUUUUGGACGAUUUUUCAUCGCUGGAGCCCAUUGGAUUUUGCAAGAUCCCUUUGCCUGGUGCAACGUGCGUUGCGUGGGACGAUGCCUCAUCAUGCUGCCUAAUAGGAUUUGAAUGCGGUAAGCUGCUCGCCAUUCGUGCCCCCACGAGGGAUAUGGUCGAUCAAUCCGUGUCUUAUGAGUUUACGUGCAACUACGCUCUUGUAGGUAUUCGGCAGCGCAAAAAGGUAGAAAAGAAGCAAGCAAAUGUGUCUGCUGGUGAGAGGGAGGGCUUCGUAGAGGAAGAAGAGGAAGAAGAAUAUUUGGGACCUUGGCCUGUGCGGCUUAUCUGUCCUAUGGCAGACGGCGAUUUUGCCAUCGGGGCCGGUGGAGUAGAGCUUCUCUACAAGUACGGACUCCAUGUACGCUACGAGGGUCAGAAGGAGCUUCCGCCACUGCCACCAACAGGAAUUGAACCACCAGAUUACGUGGAGGAGCCGUUAAUGAACUUGUGCUAUCGCGACUACACCCCUGAGGCUUCCAGCAUGAGUUAUUCUGGUAGGUAUCUUGUUGUUAUAUGUGAGGGUUCUCAGAUGCUUUUGCGCCAACUCGAUGAGAUGGGGAGAGUAAGGUUAGAGCCCAUACUCGUGGCGUCUGCACAUGACAGACUUGAUGGGCCCAUUGCAGCUGCCUGCACCUCUUUUGACGACAAGAUGUUGGUAUCCGUUGGGUCGGAUGGCCUGGUUGUGGCACAGCUCUUGGACGGAUGUAUUGCACCACAACCCCCCUCGCCUGUUGCCCAACUCCAACCACUGAGGGCGGAGGAGAUUGUUGAGCCACAACUCGCUCCGUUCUCCAUAACUGAGCAGAAGGACCUUGAUGAUCGCCGCCGAGCCGAGGAUGAGAAACGGCGUGAGCUCAAUUUAUUCUUGGAUAAGCUGAAGGAUGUGCAUCAAAAGUAUGCCAGACUUCUGCGGGAAAAUCAAUCUCUGGCGCUCACUCAUCGCCUGUCGAAGGAGGAAAUAACAAUACAUCCGCAGAUAUACCGGGAGCUUCAGGAGGAAAUGCGUCAGCGCGUUGAGGAGUCACGGAAACCCACGGCGUUGGAACUGGCCAGAGAAAAUAUUCGUACAAGGAAGAUGCGGAACCGAUUUGUUGACAACCUUGCCCACGACCGCUUCCUCGUCCGAAGCUUUUCAAAAGAGUUUUCCGUUGCGUCGUUCCGCACACCUUACGUAGAUGGAUCUAUCAAGCUAUUCCAACAACAAAUCGAUGAGCUGCUUGGAUCUGAAAGGUGCAGCAGUCUUGCCUGUGACGGUGAUCGUGGUAUUGUUAGCGUGGCGAGUGGAGAGGCGUCUCAGCAAUCACCUCGUAAUUUAUCUCUGUCAACCGCCGCUGGGGUUGUAAGGUGGCUAAAUUCUGAGGAGAGGAAGCGGAACGAGGGGGAACAGCAAAAAAUGAAUGCAGCACAUCGGGAGGCGGAGAUACUAACAACGACGAUGCGACAGUACCUCAACAAAAUGGACGAACGACGUGAGGAGCGGCACUGGAGAAAGAAGGGCUACGAGAUGCUUCUUGCGCACAAGCCAGAUCCUGCGGUGGAGGAGGCAAGCCUUAAUGAGGAACUGCGACGUGAAACACGGCGCCGUGGCGAGUGCAUUUUGCGAACAGAUCCCUCUUACCACUCGGCGCCUUCUGCGGUUAUCAAGCUACAGCAGUUAAUUCGCCUUGAGGAAAUUAUUUUCAACAUGCGCAACAACUUCUCCAAUGAGCUGUUGAAGCUUCGCGACGAAAAGGAAAGGUUGUGUGGAACCCUCAACGUUAGUUUGCAGCGCAUACGCGCCAUCAACGAAAAGUUGAAAGAUAAGAGUUUUCACGCUGAUGAUGUGAAGCUCACACCGGAGGAGAUGCCUGGAAAGCGCUUUGAAAUAAGUCGUGACGGGCUCGUUGCAUUUAUGAAGCAGCGUCAGGAAGAGAAAUUGCGCGAGCAAACGGCUAAAAAGGCACAACGUGGUUUCGGUGCGGAUCUCGCCACUGGUGAACCCGCCACUAAUACGGAUACCAGCGGCGCUGACACCCCUGCUACAAGGCGCAGCGAGGGAGAGGAUAGUAGAAAGGUAACGAUUAGUGCCAAUAGGGACUCUUUUGGCACUGCGGCGGCUCGUACGAGGAGCGUACGUACAGGCACGUUGGCGGCGUCAAAGGGUGGAAGGCCCUUUAGCGGUGGUGGCUUCGCUGCAGGAGCCGCACGCGAGAGAAUGAACCAUGAACUACGGGUAAAGCACGAAAAUAUAAAACUCACAGAAAUGGAGGAGGAAGAGCUGCAAAUUGAGAGGAACCGACUACUCGCGGAGCGACAACGAUUACACACGCAAGUACAGGCAAUGAUGGAUGAAUUUGAUGUCCGAUUGUGGAGUAUGUACGAGGAACGUUCGAGGGUGGACGCCAAUUUGUGUUUGGCCCAUACCCACUCACUGUUGUUGUUUCGUGAGUACAAUAUCUUAUUGGUGUUCCGUCAGAAAGAUUUUGAGCUGCAAAGUAGCUACGACGAAGCGAGGAACUCACGCGACCGGUGUCUAAGAGAAAUGGAGGAGCUGCAGCGUCUUGUGCAGGAUCAGACAGCGUCCAUUGAGAAACUCCAGGAGGCCAACAAAGUGUUCCGUCGGGAGGUAGAAAUCUUCAUUUCAAAUAGCUUUCCCGCAGAACAUGUACCGUAUAUCACAAAGGUUUUCCUGCGGCAAAUAAAGCGACGCAAACACCACAGCGACAUGUCGGGGAACGAUGAUGAUAUCACUAGUGAUGAUGACGAUGACGACGACAUGGGUGAAGAUGAGGCAUGGGAAGAAAUAUGUCCACCAAACUGCUCGGAGGAGCGCUGGUGCGAAGUAAUCGAAAAGCGUGAGGUUCGGUUGGACUACGUGGACGCCAUUACAGAGGAGCGGCGUCAGUUAGAAGCAACGGAGCAGCGCAUCGAGGAACAUAAAGCGCUUGCGGACAAGAAUAAUGCGGCUGUUUCUACGUGUUUAAAGGCUAUUGAAGACUUUCAAGGAGAGAAGCGUAAACAGUUGAAUAUGUUGGAAACUCUUGUAGCUAUGCGGUGUGGUCAAGUGCGCUGCCUCGACGAAGAGGGGCGAUGCCCAGAUACUUUCCGUAGAAAUGAUUUAGUGGUCGUGUCAGACAAAGUUAUAACGGGUCUACACGAUCGGAUUAGAGCUUUGGCUGAGGAAAAGCACGAUCGGCGUGGAAAGUUGAAAAGCAUGGUUGCAGAGCAGCAAGCCCUGCAACGCGAACGAUCAGAGAAGCAAGCGUUGCAUACACAGUGGGAAGAAAAGAUAUAUGAGGCGAUGUUGCUUAAGUUUGGCCAAAUUGUAAAUUUGGAAGUUUUAGAAUCCUCGUGUGGCUCACGAGAAGUAGAGCAAUUAAAGGAGAGACUCCGCUUAGAGGAGUUGUCGUGGGAAAAGGAGCUGAGGAAAAGGGAUAAAAAGAUUGCAGUACUGCGAGAGAAAUUACAUGAAAGCCUGGAGUAUAACACAAGCCUGCUGCAAACCAUCGGCGACCAGGAGAGCGACCGGCAGAGUGUCGAGAGGUCGCUGGCGCAGUCCACACAGAAAGUUGUCAGCAAAAUGUACGAUAGCAUUAACGUUGCCACGGAGGAAGACCGCAGUAACCUGCGUCUCCUUAUUGCCGCACAGCAAGAGGAAAUUGAUGCACUGAGAACAGAAGUUGCACUCCUACGUACGAAGGGUGGACACGUGUAUGCCGCUGCUAUGGCAGCCGGCAGGUGA